AUGGGGGGAGGCAUGAUCAGGGUGCCUGGUGUGCUUCCAUACUUUCUGGACAUUUUGGUACUCGUGUCAAUACUGAAACCAUUUUUCCAUUUCUAUUUUUUUGGAUUUAUGCCAGGACAUGAUGGAAACUUACAGCCUGCUAGGAAAGGUACUCUACUCUUGAAUAAUGCUGUUGCCUUUACCUGUGCUGCUCUCCAAGGCUGCAGCAAAGUCUCCAACUCUUUUGAGGUGUUGAUUGCUGGACGUGUUGUGGCUGGCAUUUGUUGUGGUUUAAACUCUGCUGUUGCACCAUUGUAUCUUGCCAAAAUAGCACCAAUUUCUCUGCGAGGUUUUUGUGGGACUUGCAGCCAGUUGUCAAUCACAUUUGGAGUUCUCAUCUGGGGAAUUCUGGGAAUGAAACUUGUACUGGGCACUGAAACCCUUUGGCCAAUACUAGAUGCUAGUCCAACUAUUCCUGCAAUAUACAGUCUUGUAACCUUGACCUUUUGCCCAGAGUCUCCAAAAUAUCUGCUGGUGAAUAAAAGAGAUGAUGAUGCGGCUGAAGCAGCUCUGAUUUGGUUAAGAAAAACAAGCGAUGUGUCUGAAGAGAUGGAGGCCAUGAAGAAAGAACGAUAG